AUGGUGUGUUGGAACUUCGAGAAGCCUGGGCAUAUGAAAAGCGAAUGCCGGGCACCAAGGAAAGACAAAGAAGGCCGGACAGCCAAUGCCGCGACGGAGGACACGGCGGAUGCACUCUUGUUGAGUGUGAGAAGCUCGCUCGAUGACUGGAUCGUGGACUCAGGGGCCUCAUUUCACUCAUGCAGUAGCAGAGACAUCAUGGAGUCAUACACUGCAGGAACGCUUUACACGGCGAGUAGAUCCAGCUCAACCAUUCUCCUGGCAGGAGCUGUCUCACAAUCGCACUUGUGGCACAGUCGUUUGGGCCACAUGAGCGAAAAAGGAAUGAAGGUACUAAAGUCGAGAGGACUUUUGCCCGAGUUGGAGUCAGUGGACGUGGGUCUCUGCGAGCAAUGCGUGCUUGGAAAGCAGAAGAGAGUGAGCUUCAUAACCACCGGAAGAGCUCCAAAGACAGAAAAACUGGAGCUCGUGCACAUUGACUUAUGGGGGCCAGCACCGGUGACAUCUCUUGGAGGAUCGAUGUACUACAUGACGUUCGUCGAUGACUGCACAAGAAAGGUAUGGGUGUACUUUCUGAAAAGAAAAUCCGAAGCCUUUGAUACUUUCAGGAGAUGGAGAGCACUCAUGGAGAAAGAGACAGGUCUAGAAGUGAAAUGUCUCAGAUCCGACAACGGUGGCGAGUACAACAGUGAAGCCAUCAAAGAAUACUGCGCUGAUCAUGGGAUCCGGAUGCAGAAGACGGUCCCAGGGACACCUCAACAAAAUGGCAUUGCGGAGAGGAUGAACAGAACACUGAAUGAGCCAGAUUUAGUAGGAGCUCAGAUAGAUGAGAUCGAGCGUACAGAAGAAAAGGUAGAACCAGAAUCGGAUGAACCGAUUGCUGAGAGCAGCACGCCUCUGGCACUGGGCCGAGAACCGAGGAUGAGAAGGGCCCCUGAUAGCGAUAGCCAGAGUGCAAUCCAUCUGGCAAAGAACCCCGCGUUUCACUCGCGAACGAAGCACAUCGAGGUUAAGUAUCAUUUCAUCCAGCAACUUCUAGAGAAGAAGAUGCUGCAGCUGAAAAAGGUUCGGGGAGAUAGGAAUCCUGCAGACAUGUUGACCAAGGCGAUAGGGAACUUCCUCGUAAGUUCCUGGUCAAAGGAAGGCUACUUCCUUGCAACUUCCUGGUCAAAGGAAGGGAGCCUCCUCUCAACUUCCUCGCAAGAAGGAUUUGUUUGGCUAUAA